AUCAAAGAAGUUGCAAAGCUUGCUGAGAAACACCGCCUCUUUGAUGAGGUAGUGAUGGCAGUGGUGUCCCAAACGCCAAGCACAUGGAAAAUCCAAGGGGAAAUUGCUGACAAAUUAGGCUUUAAAUUUGAUGUUGAAAGUGAUUCCGGUAGGGCAGGCCGCUUAUGUGAAAAAAUAAAGAAAGUGAAGAAAAUACUUGUAAUCCUAGAUGAUUUGUGGACAGGGCUUGAUUUGGAAGCUAUAGGAAUCCCUUACCAUAGUGCUCAUAAAGGAUGCAAAAUUCUUUUGACAUCUCGAGACCAAGAUUUAUGCACUAAGAUGAAUGCUCAGAGAAUUUUUGCCAUCAAGGUAUUGUCUAGUAUAGAUUCAUGGGCAUUAUUCAAGAAAACGGCAGGUAAUAUUGUUGAAUCACGAGAUGUGCAUCCAAUAGCAACCAAGGUAGCUGAAGAGUGUGCAGGUUUGCCUAUUGCAAUUGUUACAGUUGCAGCAGCUUUGAAGGGUAAGGGUUGUCAGGUGUGGAGUGAUGCACUUCACCAAUUGAGGAAUUCUGAACCGAAAACUAUCAAAGGCAUGCAUGGUGAUGUUUAUUCGAGGCUAGAGUUGAGUUAUAACUAUUUGGAAAGUGAAGAACUCAGAUAUUUUUUCUUACUGUGCUGUCUAUUUCCAGAAGACCGUGAUAUUCCGAUCGAAUCUUUGGUGAGAUAUGGAAUGGGUUUAAGAUUGUUUGGAAAUAUCAAUAAUAUUAUUGAUGCAAGAGGCAGAGUAGAAUCAUUAGUUGACAACCUUAAAGCAUGUUGUUUGCUGUUACAUGGAAAAAUCAGAGAGUCUGUUAGAAUGCAUGAUGUUGUUAGAGAUUUUGCCAUAGCAGUGGCAUCUAGUGUUGGGCAUGUUUUUUUGGUAAGAGCUGGUUCUAGAUUGACGGCAUGGCCUAAAGAUGAGGCACUCAACCGUUAUACUGCAAUAUCACUGCUUGAUAAUAUUAUCCAAGAAUUCCCUGAAGGCUCUGACUGUCUAAAACUUGAGAUCUUGUUGUUGAGAAAUGACCGCAGUUUAGUCCAUUUUUCAGGUGCCUUUUUUGAAGGCAUGAAAAACCUGAGAGUUUUAGACAUGUCUGCCAUGUCUAUUCCAUCAAUGCCACCCUCGGUUGAAUGUUUAAAGAAACUUCGAACAUUAUUCUUAAAUGGAUGCAAGCUACCAGAUAUAUCUAUGAUUGGAGGUUUGAAGGAACUAGAAAUUCUCAGCUUUGUUGGCUCUGAAGUUAAGGAGUUACCAAAAGAAAUGGGACACCUCACUAGUUUGAAGCUCUUAGAUUUGACAGAUUGUCAUAAGUUAAAGGUAAUUCCAGUUGGUGUCAUAGCAAGCUUAACGCGACUGGAAUGCUUGUACAUGGGAAACAGUUUCAAGGAUUGGGGUGUUGACGUUCAAGACAUGGGAAUAAGUAAUGCAAACCUCGCUGAGUUAAAACAUCUUUCUUACUUAAGAGCCAUAGAAGUGCAUACACCAAAUGUCGAGUUUUAUCCAAAAGAUCUACUGUCUGGGAAUCAGUUGAUGAAAUAUAAAAUUGGAAUCGGCGAAGAGUGUGCUUUUCACCAGUCUGAAGAGAACACAGUGAAUGUGAACCUCGCAAGAUGUGGAAGUAUUAGUGUAGAAGGCUGUGGGCUUUUUACCCUGGUGAAAAGAGCUCAAAUAGUGAUAAUACGAAAUGUGAAGGUUUUCGGAUAUGUCUCCUAUGAUUCAAUAGACAAUGAGUUUCCAAAUUUGAAGAGCUUGUAUGUUGAAAGUUGUAGUGGGAUUGAAUAUCUAGUUAACACAGAGAAGUGGAUGCCACGUUCUGUCCUUCCUAUUGUGGAGAGAAUAAACCUCUCGAGCAUGCAAGACUUGCGACAGAUAUGCCAUGGCCAUCUCCCAUCUAGAUCUUUUUGUGAACUACGUGAGUUGAAGCUAUCGAACUUACCUAACACAGUUAAUUUGUGGGAGGAUCCCGCUAGCCACGCAUGCCUUGCCAACCUAAUGGAUGUAAAGGUGUAUGCUUGUCACAAAAUGAAAUACCUAUUCUGCAAAUAUACAGCCGGCGAUCUUGGACAGCUCCAACACCUAUCUCUCCGCAGCUGCGACAAUAUGGAAGUAAUACUUGCAAGCAAAGCAGAAGGACCAACGGCACAAGAGAAUGAAAUUGUGUUUCCCAAGUUGAUAUCCUUGACAAUUACUGAUCUACCAAACCUCAUGAGUUUGUCGCACAAAACAAAUAGCUUCAUUUCAGAUAGCAGUCUUCAUGUCCAGGCACAUGAACCUCUCUUCAAUAGAAAGGUUGUAUUUCCAGUCUUAGAGAGUUUGCAUCUCGAGGGACUGGACAACAUGAAAGAGACAUGGCAUCGACAAUUGCUUCCUGCUGAGAGUUUCUACUGUUUAAGAACAUUGUCAAUAGUUCGUUGCCAAAACAUUAUUAAUGUAGAAGGAGCAGCGGCACAAGUGCAUGAAAUUGUUUUACCCAAAUUGGAAUCCUUGACACUUGCUAAUCUACCAAACCUCAUGAGUUUUUUCCCCAGAACAAAUAGUUCAGCUCCAAGUAGUAGUCUUCAUGGCGUGUCACAUGAGCCUCUCUUCAAUGGAAAGGUUAUAUUUUCAGCCUUGGAGAGUUUGCAUCUCAGGGGACUGGACAACGUGGAAGAGAUAUGGCACCAAAACUUGCUUUGUGUGGAGAGCUUCAACAGAUUGAGAAAUCUUUCAAUAUGCAACUGUAAAAACCUGAUCACAAUUUUUCCAUCCAAUCCGGGAGAGUUGUUACAGAAUUUAGUAGAUUUCUCUGUUUCAGAUUGUAAUUCGGUAGAGGAAAUAUGUGAAGGACACGAGGCUACUUCAGUAGCUCUUCCUAGGAUAAUGAAUUUUCAACUGGGGGGUUUACCAAGAUUGAAGGCUAUAUGGUGGAACAAGGUCUGCAAUGAAUUUCUUAGCUUCCAGAAUCUCAGAAAUAUGACAAUAGAAGGAUGCAAAUGUAGGGAAUAUCUUUUCUCUUUUUCUGCAUUGAAAGAUCUUAUUCAACUUCAAAAUCUGAAUUUAAGAGGAUGCGACAUGAUGAAAGCUAUAAUUGCGACUGAAAGGGACAAAGAAGGAGAGGCCAUUCAGACAAUUGUGUUCCCUCAAUUACGCACCCUCGAGCUUGCUCACUUGCCUGAACUCACAUGUUUCUACCAAGGAAAAUGUAGUUUAGAGUUCCAGUCCUUGGAGGAAUUGAGGAUUAAAAUGUGUCCCAAGAUGCAAACAUUUGCAACUUCAGGCACAGAAAGACCAAAACCAGCAACUGAAGAGGGGUUGGAGGGACAAACGAUUCAGGAAGCAAACGCUAGUAUUACCAUACAACCAUUUUUCAAUGAAAAGGUUGUAUUGCCCACCUUGAUGAAACUGGAUCUCAGGAGACUGGACAACCUGAAGGAGAUAUGGCAAAAUGAAAUUGUAGGGGAGUCCUUUGGUCAACUAUGUCAUCUUCAUGCUACAGAAUGCAAAAAUUUGUUAACAGUUGUACCAUCCAAAGUACUCUUAAGGCUACACAAGUUGGAAGUGCUCUUUGUAGAAGAAUGUGUUUCAGUUGAAGAAGUUCUAAAACAAGGAGAAGAUUCUGGAGACAAAUUUGUGUUCCCUCGAUUAUCAAAUCUUACACUUGUUGAUCUACCAAACCUCAGAAGUUUCUACUGGGGACAUCAUACUUUGGAAUGGCCAUCCUUAAAAUAUGUUUGGUUGGAAGGUUGUCCCAAUAUGCAAACUUUCUCUCCAGGGAUCCUCAUUACACCAGAACUAGAUAAUAGUGCAUUCAGUUGGUUGAAGAGAUUCUGGGAAGGUGACCUUAACAGUGCUAUACAACACCUUUUUGAAGAGGGUCGUCACAAGUUUGAAAGGCCUCGAUCUUAAACAUCAAUGGUGGCGCCCCUGAUAGUCCAAGCAUCUUGAGUGUGGUGUCUUACGCCAUCUUCCUCCCGCCACCACCACCACUGUGUGAUGAAGAACUGCAAGGUCAUUAAUCAAGUCUGAGGAUAGGUUAUUACUACCCCACUUUGAAGACUAAAGCACGAAAGUGCAGUUGGGACUUAGGAGGGGCAGUUGGUCAGAGGGCUUCUACUGGAAUUCCAACCAUUUUCUGGGUAAGAAAGAGAGAGUUGAAGAAUGAAGAGGAGGGGAAGUGAAGGAGAUGAGGAGGCAAAUGAGCAGUGUCCUUCGAAUGGUGUUUAAGACUUGCAAUACUGUCUUCUUGUGCAGGGUGUUGACAUAUAAUUAACACGUAAUGGGUUUUCAAUGUACCUCUUGAAGAACCCGAAAGAUAAACCGAAUCGAUACUGGUUACUAGCCAACGAUGCCAAACUAGAGCUUUCCUAAGCUUCCUUACAUAUCCAAAUCUCGUACUAUGUAGAAGAUACGGCUACUAGAGUCCCUUCUUGAGUUUCCACGCUCACAAAUCUAAGGGUAUAUGAUGUUAACCCAAGGAGAAUGCAAAGAGAUGUAGAGUAUGUGGAGAGGGAUGGGUGCUUGCUUUGGAAAACUGCAUUUCUUGAAAAACUCUGCAGAGAAUUUUUGUACAUGUAUAUGGGUGGAGGUAACCACCAAGGUAACCUCCAUGUAACCACACAAUCAUGG